AAGAAACGCAAAAGACCUGAACUCCUCUGCGAACCACUGCUGCCUACCAGCCAGCCAUGCAGUCCACCCGCCUUGCUCAGCCGAUCCAGUAGCACCAACUCCGCCGCCAUUAAGCCACAACUAACCUCUUCAAGCCGCGUUCUCUUGAACUUUUAAUUAAGAGGUUAAGGUUCAAAUCCAUCUACCACAAAUUUUUUUUGGCUUUUCUGAAUUUGAUAAUAAAGCACCUUUUGGCCCUGGCACACGACACACCCCUCUGUAAUUCCCUUUUUUUUUUUUGUGAAAAAACACCAGCCUUCUUCCUUCUCAUUUCCUCACCUAUUUUCCAAUUUCAAAAACUAGUAAAAACUUUACUUCCCUACCAUUUUCACGAACCAGCGUGAUUGAGAAGCCGAACAGGACAUCAAUCAGGGGCGCCGGUCGUGGUAAUCUUGACUCAGCAGCAACCGGGCACCGGCGGCAAGCCCUUCACUGGCGGCAAUCAGUGGACUAGCCAGCCACGCAGUCCACCCGCCUUGCUCAUCCAGUCACACCAACUCCGCCGCCAUUGAGCCACAACUAACCUCUUCAAACCGCGUUCCCUUGUUAGCACUUUAAUCCUAUUAGUCACGGCAAACAACAUUGUCACAUUCCAACUUCCGCUCUGUUGCCUAUCCAGUACCCGCUGCCGGCCUGCAACCUGCUGUUUCUGACCGUGGAGGCGUGGCUCGGUGACUGACACAGUGACGCUGCCGCGGUGCCGCCUGGGGACCUGGGACGUCUGCUGUUUCUGACUUCUGAGUAUAAUUCUAACAUUCCAAGUUCAUCAUUGAUUCAUUUCCAUUUGGUUUGCCGAGCAUAAAGUCAGCAAUGGGAAAAGCUUCAAGGGACAAAAGGGAUAUUUACUACAGAAAAGCAAAAGAAGAGGGAUGGAGAGCUCGAAGUGCAUUUAAGCUCCUCCAAAUUGAUGAGGAAUUCAAUAUAUUUGAAGGGGUGAAGAGGGUGGUGGAUCUUUGUGCAGCACCUGGUAGCUGGAGUCAGGUUUUGAGUCGGAAGUUAUAUCUCCCUGCAAAGCUUUCACCUGAUGCUAGGGAUAUUGAUCUUCCCCUUAUAGUGGCUGUCGAUUUGCAGCCAAUGGCUCCAAUAGAAGGAGUCAUUGAAGUUCAGGGUGACAUCACGAAUGCUAGAACAGCUGAAGUGGUCAUUCGGCAUUUUGAUGGAUGUAAGGCUGACUUGGUCGUUUGUGAUGGUGCACCUGAUGUUACUGGACUUCAUGAUAUGGAUGAGUUUGUUCAAUCUCAGCUCAUACUGGCAGGUUUGACUAUUGUUACUCACAUAUUGAGGAAAGGAGGGAAAUUUAUUGCAAAGAUAUUCCGUGGAAAAGACACAAGUCUCCUGUAUUGCCAGCUAAAACUUUUCUUCCCUAAAGUGACAUUUGCAAAACCAAAAAGCAGCCGUAACUCUAGUAUCGAGGCAUUUGUAGUUUGUGAGGGUUACUCUACUCCUGAAGGGUUCAGUGAGAAGGAUUUAUAUCGUCUUCUGAAGGAGGUUGGUAGUCCCUCUGGAGCAGAUGAUUUGGACUGCAGCAGUGCAUGGUUAGAAGGACCAAAUAAAAUAUAUAUUCCAUUUUUGGCUUGUGGAGAUCUUAGUGGAUAUGACUCGGAUCGAUCGUACCCCUUACCCCAAGUUGCUGAAGGGGCUUACAAGAGCUUGGACCCUGUGCAACCUCCCAUUGCUCCUCCUUAUAAAAGGGCACUGGAGCUCAAGAAAGCUGCAAAUCAAGGCGUUCGACAACUUUAAAACCUUUCCUUUGAUUCUUGUUGAUGCAAAAUUCAAAUUUAUUCUAGUUUUCUCCAAUUGAUUAAGAAUUUUUAUUUUUAAUUUAAAUCUUUAAACUGGUUAGUUGAUCAUCAUUGGGUUGAUAACUUUUUUGCUAUACAAUAUUAGAGUUAUUUAUCAUUAGUUGGGUCUGUUUGGCAAAGAACUAUUAGUCGGUUGUUGGUUUCACUAGUUAUAAGUAUUAGUUAAUAAGUCAAUUGUUUAAACUAGUUGUUAAAGCUAACUAUUAUGGAGAUAUUUAGUAAAAUCAUUUGUUGGUUGUUGGUUGUA